CACUAUUAUUUCACUUCCUUCAAAAUCAGACUCUUCGUUUCUCCUCAAGUCUCUCUAGAAAACUGUAAAAUCACUUCGAGCUCAAAACUCUCCACGACGAUGGCGGUUCCGAUCGAUCUCCUCAACAACGCCGAAUCAUCCGAUGAAGACUUCAGCGACUCCGAAAUUUCCUAUUCAUCGGAAGACGAAUCCAUGGAAGACGAACCAUCGGAAGACGAAACGUCGAAUUCGGAAAUCGCCAACGGAAGAGAAACUGAGCGUGAUCGUAGCGAGAAGGAGAGGUUUUGGGUGCAGUAUCCUUAUCUGAAGAGUUUUCUGAGCACCAUUGUCGCUGAAGGUUUGAUUCCUGAAUACUUUGCAUUUGAGAGAGCCAAGCUUAUUGGUGAUGAGAAGGCCAAAGAGUUGAAUGAGAGAGUCAAGGCUUUGUCUAUCAUGUAUCUCGAGCUGUUCAGCAAAAAGUGUGAGCUCGUUGCUUCUGCCAUCACCGCAAUGAAAUCCGCAAAUUGAUUUGCUUUCUGGUUUUGUUUGAAAUCGUCUUUUUUUGAAAAAACAUUGAAUCUUUGUGGGAACCUUUUAUGAUAUUGUUGGUGACUUGGUGUGGCUUUUGUCCUCGGAAUGCUUUUCGAUGAAAUCGUUUAUGUUUGGUA